CGCUUCCCACUCUUGAAAUCUAGCUGCAUUACCCCACGUCGCAUCGGCUACUAGUUCCGUCAACGCUUAUCUACCCCUCCAUGCUCAACGCGCCGUAGACGCAAGCACAAGAUUGUAAUGGAAAUGCAUGACACUGAACGAGUUCCACUCCUGAGAGAGUAUCGAGCAUUCCACCACCAGACUCUACAAUGCCCUCUCGAACCAUCUCCACGGAAGCAGUUCCCAGCUCUGUUCUUCAUGCUUCACUCUCAAUCGAGCCGCCCAAGAUAGUGCGCGCAGAAGGCCACUACCUGCACACAUCCACCGGAACCGCCAUAUACGAUGCCUCCAAUGGCGCCGCAGUAUCCUGCAUUGGGCACAACCAUCCGCGGGUCAAGCGCGCCAUGUCACAGCAACUCGACGCCGUGGAGUACUGCUUCGCGCCCCACUUCACGACCCCAGCGUACGAGAAACUCGCCAAGUUUCUCGUCGACUCGACAAACGGCCACCUGCAGAAAGUUUUCGUGACCGGCUCCGGCUCCGAGGCUGUGGAAGCAACCAUCAAGAUGGCGCGGCAGUACUACGUCGAGAAGGGCGAGCCGGAGCGGAAGCGGUUCAUCGCCAGGGACAGGAGUUAUCAUGGGAACACGUUCGGUGCGCUCGAUGUGUCGGGCCACAAGGCGCGGAGGACUAUCUACGAGCCGCUCCUCUCCGGGUCCACAUCGCACGUCUCCCCGUGCUAUCCGUACCGCGAUCGACGGACCGGCGAGUCGACGGCAGCGUACGUCGAGCGGCUCGCGCAGGAGCUGGAAGACGAGUUCCAGCGGCUAGGCCCGCAGACGGUCUGCGGCGUGGUGUUCGAGACGAUGGCAGGGCUGACGCUGGGCGCGGUGGCAUCCGUACCAGGUUACCUCGCGCGGAUGAAGGAGGUCUGCGAGCGGCACGGUGCGCUGUUCAUUCUGGACGAGGUGUUUGCGGGGAUGGGGCGGACGGGGACACUGCAUGCGUGGGAGCAGGAGGGAGUGGUGCCGGACUUGCAGACCGUGGCGAAGGGGCUAGGGGCCGGGUAUAUGCCCAUCGGCGCGCUGAUGGUGGGGAAGAAAGUCGUGGAUGUUUUAGAUAGGGGCUCCAAGGCGUUUAUGCAUUUUCAGACGUAUCAUGGACAUCCGUUGGCGUGUGCGGCGGCGUACGAGGUUCAGCAGAUUAUCCGGGAUGAGGGCUUGGUCGAAAACUGCAGAAGGAUGGGAGAAUAUCUUGGAGAGAGACUGAGAGCGCGAUUGGGCGCUCAUCCGAAUGUUGGCGAGAUUCGGGGUCGGGGUCUUGCGUGGGCGUUUGAGUUGGUAAAAGACAGAAAGACCAAGGAGCCGUUUCCCGUCAACCAGAAGGUGGCGCCUACAAUACAUGCAGCAGGCCUGCAGAAGUUCGAAAUUGCUUUGCUGCCCGGUGGCGGCGUGGUAGAUGGCGUGAACGGCGACCUGAUCGUUCUGGCUCCGGCGUACAACAUCAAUCGCGAGGAGAUAGAUCUAGUUGUCCAGCGAACGGCAAAGGCUAUAGAGUAUGUCCUGGGGCCUGCUACCCAAAAUGCUAAGCUUUAAGGUCGAGUCGUCAGUUGAAUGGGACGGAAUACAGUGGCUGGUCAUGUGUACGAGUACACCGGGUCACCCCUUGGAGGAUCAAAACAGUUCUCCAACCUCUAUAUUUAGAGCACGUAUGAGUGGCGGCUCGAUGUUACUUCCAGAAAAGCGAGACUCAAAGUUGAGAAAGAUUGAUAGCUUUAUCCUAACACUGAGCG